AUGGAAACUUACAUGAAGCUAUUCUUUAGCGAGUUCAACCAUCUCGUUAACAUGACUCCCGUUGAACUACGUGAUUGGCUUAAUGAAGAGCAAUCAAUGUCCUCGGGCUGGACCAACGAUUCAGGAGAGACGAUUGGUCACGAAAGUGGUCAGAAGAUUGUGCAAAUCCUUGAGCACAACCCCGAUGGAAAUCCCUCUGAUUACUCGGAUUCUGAGAUUGACCACAUGCGACGUGUGGUUUCCUACUGCAAACGCCACCUAGCCCAGGAGGAGAGCGUGAAACGCAACACGGAAAGCAAGAGUUACAGAUCCCUCAAGAACUGGGGACAUGAUGCGUUGAAAGAGUAA